GAAAGGAGAGGAACUACUUCUGUAUGUGUGUGUGAGGAACGAGUGUGUGUGUGUGGGUGUGUGUCUGUGAGUGUGUGUGUGUGUGUGUGUGUGUGUUGUAUUUGCUUAUAGUGAUGUUUCACUGAACACAGAGGACGUAGUAAUAAUCCACCACCAUGAGCCGGACCACCUUUUUUGAGGUGAGGAUCCUGGAUGCCAACACGAAAGAGCACCUUUGUUUUUUAGAUAAGGUGGAGCCCUACUCAACAAUAGGAGACAUCAAGAGCCUUUUUCACAAAUCAUAUCCUCAAUGGUAUCCUGCAAGACAGGCCCUAAGGCUUGAUCCCAAGGAAAAAUCACUCCGAGAUGAUGAAAUCUUACAGAGUCUACCAGUUGGGACCACUGCGACCAUGUACUUCAGAGAUCUUGGUCCACAGUUAGGUUGGACUAUGGUGUUUAUGGCAGAGUGCAUCGGGCCUCUUCUCACCUACCUCCUCUUUUAUUUUCGAGUGCCAUACAUUUACUCACACGAAUAUGGCUUUACCUCAAGUCCCCAUCCUGUUGUCAGACUGGCCUGUGCCUGUCACACCUUCCACUAUAUGAAGAGGCUGAUAGAGACUAUCUUUGUGCAUCGUUUCUCCCAUGGGACCAUGCCUCUCGGGACAAUGGUCAGGAAUUGUACCUAUUACUGGGGUUUCUCAGCUUGGUUGGCAUACUACAUCAACCACCCUCUUUACACACCUCCAUGUAAGUCAGCCCAUGUACACACGCACACACACACACACAAUGCUGUUUGUCUCGAUUUUCUGCAGCUUAUCAACACCAGCCUAUCUCUCUUCACAGCAUAUGGAGAACUACAAGUCAGCUAUGCAUUAGUCAUGUUUGCUAUGUGUGAACUUGGAAACUUCUCCAUUCACUUGACUCUUACUAAUCUCAGAGGAGAGGGGUCCAGGAGCAGACGGUUUCCUAUGCCAACAAAGAACCCCUUCACAUGGCUAUUUUUCUUUGUAUCCUGUCCAAAUUACACAUAUGAGUUCGGAGCUUGGGUGAGCUUCUCCAUCAUGACCCAGUGUCUCCCAGUGGCAUUGUACACAUUACUAGGCUUCAUUCAGAUGACCAUCUGGGCCAAAGGGAAGCACAGAGCCUACAGCAGGGAGUUCAAAGACUACCCAAACCUCCGGAUGGCCAUUAUCCCCCUGAUUCUCUGAUAGUGAUCAAAAACAUGAAUUAUUGUAGCAUAUAAGGCGUGUAUAUUCACUUCCCUUAAGUGUUUUUUACUAAAAGAAAGAGGUUUGCUGCUGCUUAAAGCCAGCACUAUGCAAGUUGUUUUCAUGAACUGGAGUGGGAAUGGGAGCAAUAAUAUUUUGGCAAUAUACUAGAGCAUUUAAAGCUUUAGUGCAUAACUUUUUGAUAUUAUUGAACAUCUGUUACAUUCAAGCCAUUGCCAAAUGAGUUGCUACAAAGCUA